AUGGCCGAAAACGAGCCUGUUCAGCAAAUAGAACCGCCGACAGAGAAAAAGGAAGACCAAGGGGAGAGGACCAGCAACUAUUACCGCAUCCAUCCCAAUUUACCGGCCCGCUUCGAUCACCCGGGAUGGUUUCGGGGUUACAGGAUGAAAGAGCAAAAUCCCUUAUUCCAAACCACGAACAUGGACUACGGCGGGAAGCCGCCCACUGUUCACGAAAUGCCGACCUGCUUCCACGUCAGUCCGCACGCCUUCACAUGCAAACGGGCGGUGUUCGGCAUGUACGCCAACAAUGGCAUCAACACCUCGAUGGAGAAGAGCCUGGUGACGGGUUCGGACAACUUAAUCACCUUCUGCGACACCUUCAACUUCCAUCCCAGCUACCGAACCGGGGGGCCAUCCUUUUGCGAAUAGCAGGCCCUGCUUUUAUUGAGGGAUAAUACAAUACUGCUUCUGGGGGAAACAAAAUUAAAAUAUUUGCCUUGUU